AGUGCCCUCUUUGGUUUGACACCUCUACCGGCAAAAUACGUAAAAAAUACGCAUUAAAAUCAGCUUUAAUCAUGGCCCAAAACGAUCCUGGCAGUGGAAACCUGAUGGACGAGUUCGAGGAGGCCUUUCAGUCCUGCCUGCUAUCCCUAACCAAGCAGGAGCCGAACUCUGGGACCAACAAAGAGGAAAUCGAACUGGAAGUCCAGAAGACAACAAAUCGCUUCAUCGAUGUGGCCCGCCAAAUGGAGGCAUUCUUCCUGCAGAAACGCUUCCUCGUGUCCACCCUCAAACCCUAUAUGCUGAUCAAGGACGAGAACCAGGAUCUCAGCAUUGAGAUCCAACGCAAGGAGGCGCUCCUGCAGAAGCACUACAAUCGCCUGGAAGAAUGGAAGGCCUGCCUCUCCGACAUCCAACAGGGCGUCCACAAUCGUCCCACGCCGCCCAUCAACCCGGGCAUGCUGCAGGGCGUUCCAUCUGGCAUGCAACAGCCCAUGGGUGGUGUGCCACCACGUCCUGGUCUGAUGCCGGGCAUGCCACCAGUCGGUCCCAUGCCACCGGGACAACAGCAUAUGCUGCAGGCACAGCAAAUGCAGCAGCUGCGCAUGAUGGGCAAGCUGCCACCCAAGUGAGAGGAAUGGAAGGGGCAAAAUUGGGGUUUUAGUUUGUAAUUUUAAUAGUUCAAUAAACACAACAAAACACACGAAUAUGUUUGUAUAGCUAUUAAAACAUAGAAAAUGUUGGUCAUACUCGUGUACUCGCUGUAAAUACUGACUACUGUAGUAAGCAGCUUUUAUAAGCAUUGUAAACUGAUCCAGGCCAAGGUUUCUGGUUGCAUUUUGCACACAAAAAGCGGCUGCAAGCGAAUGUUUAUCUUUACAACGGGAAGACUGUUGGGGACAUGGAAACAUAGAUAAAACGCGCUGUUAGAU